GGCGUCGUGGGGUCAGCAGCGAGCGGAGCUACCGUUAACCAGGGUGUAAAGUACAGCUAAAAGAGCGCCUCUGAUUAAGUUAGCCUUUUAACCACUGCACAGACAAGGAGCUACUUAGUCAGACGAGCCGCCGUUUUGUCGUCUUGUGGUCGAAAAGCUUCAGCUGGCUCCUCUGACAGUCGUCAGGCCUCGUCGUCGUCGUGGUCCGGCAGCACUCGAGUGAAGUUGGGAGCGGACUGCCAAACUUCUGCUUCCUCCAGCGGCUCUCCGCGGGGCCCGGGGCUCCUGUCACCGGCCCUGUGGAUGAGGAAGUGACUACACAUCUAAUUAGCGCCCAGGGAACACAGCAAUUUAAGGGCUCCCAUUCCAGAAGAGAAAGGAAUCCCUUUGAUGGGAGAAUCCUCUUUCCUGGCCUCCUGGGUCAAUCGCCGUGCCAUUAAGAUGGAUGAGCAGGAGGCGCUGAACUCCAUCAUGCAGGACUUGGCCGAACUGCACCGCUCCAGCCGUCCUGCCGCGUUCCUGUCAGACCUGUGCAAACCCAAAGCCUCGUCGCCCAAGAACCAGAAUGAUGUGAGAGUGAAGUUCGAGUUCAAAGGGGAGAAGAGGAUUUUGCAGUUCCCUCGACCUAUCAAGCUGGAGGACCUGAGGUCGAAAGCUAAAGUGGCUUUUGGUCAGACAAUGGACCUCCACUACACAAACAAUGAGUUGGUGAUUCCAUUGACAACUCAGGACGACCUGGACAAAGCUGUAGAGCUGCUGGAUCGCAGUGUUCACAUGAAGAGUCUGAAGAUUCUCCUCGUGCUGCAGGUCUCCUCUGAGAACUCGUCAUCCAACAUGGACCUCCUGCCGUCCCACGAGGAGCUGGACAACACGGGGUUCCGGGUCACAGACAAGAAGAGCAUGCUGGCGUUGAUAGGUUCCCACUCAACAGACCGCAGCUCUCCUCCUCCAGGAUACAUUCCCGACGCUCUGCAGCAGGUGGCGAGGAACGGCUCCUUCACCAGCAUCAACAGCGAGGGGGAGUUCAUUCCUGAGAGCAUGGACCAGAUGUUGGAUCCAUUGUCCAUGAGCAGUCCGGAGAACUCAGCUUCUGGAAGUUGUCCCUCCUUAGACAGCCCACUGGACAGUGAUUACCCAAAGUCCAGGAUGCCCAGGGCUCAGAGCUACCCAGACAACCACCAGGACUUUCCAGAGUACGAUAUUCCGGUGUUUGAGAAGUCGGGAAAAGGAGGGACGUAUCCUCGCCGGUACGGCAUUCCUUUUGGCCUUCAGGAUUACAGUGAUGGGAGGAAGACUUUCCCUCGGGCUCGGCGGACGCAGGUUCACGGUUUCCGCUCUCCAAUCAGCUUCAGCUCGACCGAGCAGUCGCCUAGCACAAGCAGUGGCAGCAGCGUCUUCACGCCUGACCUGGAGGAGGCCCCCGGCCCCGCCAGGAGGCCGCGGAGGGGGAGCGACAUCGAGCCAAACCCCAAUCCGGCCGUGGCUCCGACGCUCUCCGUCAUGGACGUCAGUCCACCCAGCCGCUCCCCGCGAGCGCCAACCAACUGGCGGCUGGGGAAGCUUCUGGGUCAGGGAGCUUUCGGGCGGGUCUUCCUGUGUUACGAUGCCGAUACUGGACGGGAACUGGCAGUUAAACAAGUCCAGUUUGAUCCAGAGAGUCCCGAGACCAGCAAGGAGGUGAGCGCACUGGAAUGUGAAAUCCAGCUCCUGAAGAACUUGUGCCAUGAGCAGAUCGUCCAAUAUUACGGCUGUCUGCGAGACACGAUGGAGCGAACGCUCUCCAUCUUUAUGGAGUACAUGCCUGGAGGAUCCAUUAAAGACCAGCUGAAGUCGUACGGAGCGCUCACGGAAAAUGUGACGCGCCGCUACACCAGGCAGAUCCUGGAGGGGGUUUCCUACCUGCACAGCAACAUGAUCGUCCACAGGGACAUCAAAGGUGCAAACAUCCUCAGAGACUCGGUGGGUAACGUGAAGCUGGGAGACUUCGGGGCCAGCAGGCGGCUGCAGACCAUCUGUCUGUCAGGAACAGGCAUGAAGUCGGUGACCGGUACCCCGUACUGGAUGAGCCCAGAGGUGAUCAGCGGAGAGGGGUACGGCAGAAAGGCAGACAUCUGGAGUGUCGGCUGCACUGUCGUGGAGAUGCUGACUCAGCGACCUCCGUGGGCAGAGUUCGAGGCCAUGGCGGCCAUCUUUAAGAUCGCCACGCAGCCCACUAACCCCGUCCUGCCCGCCCACGUGUCGGACCACUGCCGGGAGUUCCUCAAACGGAUCUUCGUGGAGACCAAGCAGCGGCCGUCUGCAGAAGAGCUGCUCAGGCACAUCUUUGUACAUUAACCCCUCCCGCCCCCUCCUCAAAUCUUGAACCCCCGCCUGCCUGCCGAACUGCCAAAUACGGCCUUAUCUGACCCCGCCCCCUCCACCUUUACACUGAGACCACGUUGGACCAGGAAAGACUGGCUGGAAGAAGGUGGGGGCGCUCCUCCUGUCUCUGUUUGUAUGAGACUGCCAUAAAGGACACAAUUUCUUAUUUUAUUUUUCUCCGCAAGUUGCACCUUAACGUCUCCAAUGCGGAGGAAGAGGUUGAGCACUUCCUCCUCUCUGAAAAACUGUUUUGUUUUUUAAAAUGUUUGUACGGUUUCUCGCUCUGAGCGUUUUGAAGCGGGAUGGUGUCGGUGUUGUGGACCUAACAGGAGCUGAUGCCUGACUCUGGAGUAAACCCCACCCUGCCCCCUUCUCAUCCUCCUCCAAUGUCUUGCUGACCCGACCCCAGAAUGUAGUCUCCUGCCAAAACCCAGAGUGACGGGCGCGCUGCUAUAGACAAACCUGAAUCCCAGAUCCAGAGAACACUCCCCCGAGAAUUUUCCACCCACCUGCCCUCAUCCCUCGCCGAAGUCCACUCCGUUUUUCUGAACGAAGUGCAGAUGAAAUGUUCUGAUUCGUCGUCCCCGUCUCUGUGCCUUUUUAUGUUUGAGAAUGAGUCUCAGCUUUUUGUUCUCACAGUUUUGUUUUGUGUUUUGUUUUGUUUGUUUGUUUUGAUUUUUGCCUCCUGGAUAAACUGCCUUCACACCAGCUGAUCCCAGUUCAGCCGUUUCUGCCUUUCUGCGACGGGGACUCGCUGUGCUGAUCAUUUCGGUUUGUUCGUUCGCCUGCUGUACCAGCGCCGCCGGCUGGAAACCAAAUAUCCUCCGUUUAGAAAAGUCGUCGUGCUGGUGUAGAAGUGAAGCGCCGCAUCGGUACCUGUGCUCGCUUUCCUCCUGAUUCUCUGAUCUGAUUGGAUGCCUCUUCAGCAUGGCAUAUUUGCAGCAGAUUCAUGAAUUUACUGCUGGUAAAGCCACAGAAAGCAACAGGGACGACUCUCAUGACCAGACUUGAAAGGUGCAGCGUGCAGGAUUGUUGAUUCAAAACAUUUAAAAACUCAACUAAAACACACUCGUAUCCUCUUCAGACCACCAUAGCUAAUUCUGGAACGUGACUGAUUUGGAUGUCUAGUUUAAGGAGAGCAAGUCGAUAAAUGAAACUGAAGUCGUUGGUAAGCGAAAGCUGGCCGGGCAGGGUUUGUUUUAACCUGUAGAGCUUACACCAUCCCAUGGACAGGUCAGGUCCUCGCAGGGAGACGAGAUCGUGUAACUUCACCAGCAGUUCAUCUUUUCUGGUGAAUACGUCCGUGUCAGAGAGAGGGAAAGAACUAGUUUAAGUGAUGACUCAACCCUGUUUUUGCUGUGCUGCAGUGCUUUGUCUUAAAGUCCCCCCCAAAAUGCAGCUGGCUUUUCCAGCUUUUUAUCAGCUUCCAACUUUCUCAUGGCAAGUGUUUCAAACCGUGCAGUAUAUUCAGGACUAACCUCGUGUUGUGGAUGGAUUGUGGAAGUUUUUACAUUUCUGGUAUCUUCUUCCUCAGCAUGAACUUCCAUGUAGAGCAUGGAAGUUCAUCUAACAUCUCAUCUAACAUCUAAAUUUGGACCUUUUUAAAUGUUCAGAUCAAGCCAGCCUGAGUAUUUUGAUAAGACAGAAGCUGCUAAUUUGGUGCUUUCAUCUGUUCACAGUGAGUCUCUGCCAUCAGAUCGGAGAAGCAGUGGGGGGAAACUUGAAGAUCUCGCUCUGUUGUCCGUUUCAUUUCAAACUAAACGUUUUUAGCUGCUCAUCAUUUAACUGAAGGGUACACGCAGCCUCUCCUGGAGCUCUGCCACUGCAGUCGGUAUGUUUGUCGCCGUUUUCAGACACUCGCAGAGCUUCAUUCUCGUGUUUAUUGCUUGGUACUGCAGUCGCUGUCACCACCGAAUCAAAUGCAUCAAAGCAGACUCGUCACUUUAACCACAAACGCUCCGUUCAGCACGUUUGAUUUUAAAGCAUUGACUAUGCACACGCUGGAUAGCAGGUGGCACCUCAGCUUGUGCUGACGACUUCUUCUUCUUCUUCUUCUUCUUUUAAUUCACUUUUUGAUUAGUAAUGGUGACGUUUCUGAGCAGCUCUGCCAGCAGCCAAUCAAAUAGUUAUUUAGGGCUCAAAUUAUGCCUUAAAUAUUGGCCAUUUGCAGCAGGUGGAUUAUCAAGCAGUCCAUGUAGAAAGCUUCUAAAUGCUUAAACAAUGAUGUGAAUUAGAGUCCUGGUGGGAGUUACUGUUGUGCUGCUAAGAUUGAAAUGUUUCUAGGUUCAAAGACACGAUAUGCAAACCUUUUAUUAUCAUCAGAGCCGGUUUCUGCAGAGCAGGGGAGGAAGCGUUUCUGGUGCAUUCAGCAACAUUUGACCAGCAGAGAAAAGUGAUGGUGACUCUCUAAAAUUAAACUCCUGCUCAGAUCCCCACCUUUCGCUCUCCUACACACAUCUAAAGCACCUCUCCUGGUCGUCUUUACUGCUCAGUGAGCCAUGACCAGGUUUUUUUUACCAAGCUUUUUUGUGGUGGAUAGAUUAUUGGGUCUGUGAUAGUAAAUAAACUUAGAUUUUAGCUUAGAGAGUCACAUGUUUGUGUGUUUCUGGCACUUGUUAAUGAAUUAAUAUGCAGAAAUGAUCCAAACAUUGUUUGUAGCACUUGGAGGCCUUUGAAGCUUCAUUGUCCAGAUAUUUGAUUGUGAAGUUCAUAUUUUCUGUUAUAUAUGCAAAUCCAAAAACUGUCAAAUGGUUAUCCACUUGUUUUGAUUACACCCAAUAUUAAUAAGUGUUCCUAAAUUGGGAUGUUAAAUAGUCUCUCAGUGAUGUGGUAACUUGUAGCACGAUUACGGGUGGCGACAUGUUAGCAAGCUGCGUUCAUGACGUAUUGUUGCAGAAUGCUAAUUGGAGCCAAAAAUGAACAGCAAACUUCUCAGACGAGCUGUAGCUCAGAUUGUUUUGUUUAUUAAAUAACCACAUUUAAAAAUGCUCCAACAGCACAAACGGCAGUUGAGAUGUUCAGCUUGCAGCUGCCUGUGUGGCCACUCCCCUUUCUUUAAAUCUGAUUGGUGAAGUUGUAACAAAUGCCACCUGCUGUACACAUUUUAUACCAUUAGAGGCCCCCCCCCUUUUUCUUUUUUUGUUGUAUCAGGCUGUGAACAUGUUUAUUUGUGCUGUAAAGGGAUUUUUGAAGCAGCCUCAAGUGGCCACUGGAGGAACCGCAGUUUUUGAAACAUACCUGAAGGUUGUUGCUUCAGUCUGUAGUCUGGACUAAUAUCACAUUGUUUACUUGGCCUUCUCAUUUAUACAGUAUGAUGGCUCUUUAAACACCGUAGCUAAAGAAAAGCUCUAAAUAAUUACAAAUAAUCCUUGCUGAAGCUUCAAAGACUCGGAUCAGCUUCUUAGGGCCAACCCUAGUAGUAUUAAAAAAAACAAACAUUAUGCACUUCUGAUGUCUCGUAGUGACGUUUAGGUGUUACUACAGAGUCGGAUUUUCCUGACUGCACCUUUGUAAAAACAGGCAGGGAACAGUCUCUUUGACCUCUGUCGCCCCGACUUCCUGUGAAGUCACUUUCAAGCCUUUCUUGCUCUGUGGAAACUCAGUUUUACACUCACAUUAUGCAUCUUCUCAGUGGUACGUUCCUUUGGCUCUUCAGGCGGCUUACGGCAAGCCAUCUGGUACUGAUGGAGAUCGCCAGCACUGGUCAUCAUAGAUACGCACUACCAUUAUGCACUAUCGGUUCUUCGCUGAUGCCCUCCCCCUCCCCCCUUACAGUUCCUGACGCUCGUGCAGCUCGGCUCGGCGACUUUUUCUUUGCACAUUUUUAAAGACUGUUUUUCGUUUUGUUUUGUUUGUUGUUGUUGUUGUUGUUGUUGUUGUUGUUUUUUGUUUUUUUUACUUUGUGUAUGAGUGCGAGAGAGAUGGAUGAUGAUGAUGAUGAUUAUGAUGGCGGUUCAGUUAACCUUGACAUGAAUGUAACGUCUCAUUCUUGGCCUCGUUCACCACAGUGGAUUAACUCUUCGGUACCAGUAUUUGUCACCUGUGGAGCGCCAAGAUACACCUGUAGUUCUCGUUUAAAGCCACUGCUGCCAUUCCUGAAUGAAUGAGUGAAUGAAUAAACGCGUGUGAGUGUGUUAAUGUGCAUUUACUGCAGAUGUUGCUCAUUGGACACUGCGCCUGAAAUGCCUUGAGCAUUCUGACUGUAGGGGGUGAGAGCGUUAAAAUAAAAAAAUAAAAAUCAUGUACAAAUGUAUAAAAAUGAAAUUGUACUACUUUUUUUUCUUUUCUUUUGUCUUUUUUUUUUUUUUUUUUAAAAGGAAGCUUGUAUCCCACAUGUUUGGUCUGUGUAUUGUAAAAGAAGCCAUGUUUAUAAUUCUAAUUGGUUUGUGACCAAUAUGCCUGUUUAUAUCAGAUCUGUAUAUCAGUGGUACGCAUAAUUUUUUAAUAUAUUUUUUAUUUUUCCUUUUUUUUUCUCUUUUAAAUGGGAGAUUGUAUGCAUGGUUGGGUCCUGAGAGACGCAGCGGUGCCGUUGAAUGGUUGCUGUUUUUGGGCAAAAUUUCUGGAGUAUUGCAACAGCUCGGUGUUCAUAAUUAAAACAAUUAUGACGAUGACAACAAUAAAAGAUAUUUAUUUCACA